CCCACCAACACCAGAACACGGUAUCGUACCCCAGUGAAGCUACCUAUAAGAACGUGGGCUCACAAGGAUUCCUUCUUCUUCCCUUCCCUCUGUUGAGUUAUUUCUUGAGUUCUUGUCAAAUUUUGACUGGGAAAGCAAUCCCGAUCCCCUCCUCUUCCACUACCCACCCCCCCUUCUCGUCCAUCCCAUCCUACCCUCAUCCACCCUAAAAGAAAGGACCGGCCACUCCCCCCCUCCCUAGAUCAUUUGAAUAGUUCCCAAUAUCCGUUCUUCCUUCACCCUCUCGCUCGCCCACACUCUUUGCCUAAGUUCCCGGCUUAUUGAAAGCUCAUGCUCUGCUCAACUUAUGUAGUUCUUGGUUCAUUACUUGCCUAAUUACAUUGCAUUGCAUUACAAUAAACGGGUUCCCCCUUUCCAUUUCUUCUCUUCUCUUCUCUUUUCUAUAUCUACUUACUCUGCUCGUCCGCUCAUCCUGCCGUAUCAGCAGGCUGGUACAACACAAUACCUAUUAUACCUACCCUAUCGUAUAGUAACGCACUUUUGUGGCCUGUUGCUCUUGUAUGCUGAAUCCCCACGCACCUUUUUUUUUUUUAGCUGAAAAGAGCAGAGGGUGAGUGAGCGAGUCAGCAAGGUGGAGAGAAAGAGAGGAGUAGAAAGAGGGAGGGAAGGAAGUGAAGUGGACAGAUUGAAUUGGAUUGAAGCUGUCUUCGGCCAUUAGAGAGUCUUUAAAGUGCAGGGUGCAGCGACCUCUAAUCUCCCUCUCCCCAAAAUACACUCCCCUAACCGCUUUUGAGAAGAGGAGAGAAGAUGUGGUGGGGUAUUCCGUACGGGCUGGAGAAGGUGCAUCGAUGGGGGCCCGAGACUGCUACUUUGAAUUGGUGUGAGGAGGACUAUUACCUUACGACUUAUUGCGCGGAAAUCAUCAAUACCCUCACAAAUGGCAUGUUUAUUUACCUUGGCUGGAAAGGGCUCAGGAAUUGCAUUUCUGAAGGACAUGAUAGGAUCUUUUUGAUUACCUUUUUGGGGUACUUGCUCGUUGGCUGUGGGAGUUUUUUGUUUCAUGCUACUUUGUGGUAUUCGAUGCAGCUAGUCGAUGAACUGAGUAUGAUAUAUACUACCUGCUUGAUGUGUUGGGCAACAUUCGGCUACGGCCACACCCCCACAAUCCAGACCCUCCUCGGCCUACUCCUCCUCACGAUCGCCGGCUCGAUAACCCUAAUCUACCAUCACUUGCAAGACCCAGUCUUCCAUCAAAAUGCCUACGCCCUCCUAACCACCAUUGUUCUCUUCCGCUCCUGGUACUUGAUGGAAACCCGCCUCCGCAGCACGCAAUCCGCGACCGUGACUCGGAUGUGGACGAUGGUGCGCUACGGCCUGAGCUUCUUCUUGAGUGGGUUCCUCCUCUGGAACGCGGACAAUGCGUAUUGCUCGCAGUUGCGACUAGCGAGGAGAGAGGUGGGCAUGCCGUGGGGGUGGCUACUGGAGGGUCACGGGUGGUGGCAUCUACUCACGGGUUGGGGGGCAUACUAUUACAUUGUCUAUGGGAUCUGGCUGAGGUCUUGUCUAGAUGGGAGGCAGGGGGAGUACGAAUGUAUUUGGGAGAGGGUAUGGAGUUUGCCCGUUGUCAGGAGGAGGAAGGGACUGGCUGUGAACGCGAAAGCAAAUGGAGUUGGGAAUGGAGUCUCAACAGGGCCAAACGGGGAGGUUAAGAAAAAGGCGUGAGUGCAUGAUAUCAUGUAGUGGUGGUAUAUGGCGCGGUGCACCGGGCCUGCCAGGGAGGGCGACCGGAGGAAAUAAAAUAAAAAUUUAAUAGAUAGGUUCUAAA